UGACGAAAGGCCUUCUGGGAAGGCUUUCGUCAGUAUGUCAUCGGCUUUGAGUGAGUGUCUGUAACCAAAUCGAAGUAAUUUCGACCAAGUCGAAGUAAUCUCGUAUUACGAGCCUGUACGGAAUCUUCAACGAAAUCACGACGACUGAAAUUUACGAGGACAAAUUGAUUUGAUCUGACCAUGUGCGUUCUCUUUUCUCAAACGACGUGAAGAUAAAUUCAACUAUGGCAUCAAAUUCAAAUUCAUCAAAUCAAAAGACUUCAGAUGAAGAUGAAGUUCAAGGCUACAUUCAUCAGUUAUCUGCCAUAAAGACAGCAAAAAAUGAAAAAAGAUCAAGUUACUUCAACUGUCACAUACAAACAAGCCAACACCAUGUUGUGAGAGCAGUAUGUUAUUCACCUAAAAAACGACUUGCUCUACAACAAGCUUGUCAAAGUAAAUCACCAAUAAAGAUCCAAGGUGUAAAACGCUCAUUGUCCAAAUCAUUCAGCAACCAAAACCAAAAGGAAGAAAUUUGCAUCACAAAAUAUGCAAAAAUCACAACAACAAGAACAGACUUUACUCAUGAUGCUGCUUUAACCUCACGUUUGCAUCAAAUCGACCAGUGCCUGUCUGCCGAUGUAUAUGAUGUAGUAGAUAUAAAGAUAAAAGUGUUUAGUAAGACAGAAAACAAGCAAUGGGUUAUAAAGAAUGACAAGAAAAUAUAUAAAACUGAUUGUUUGGUGGCGGAUAAUACUAAUUCUAUGAAGUUAGUAAUAUGGGAAGACUUAAUUGAUCAGAUACAUGCAGGAGAAAGUUAUCAUAUCAAGAAUCUGACUAUAAGAGUGUUUGAUGAUGACAAAUAUCUUAACACCAACGAAUCAACCACUAUUGAGAAGAUUGAAGACUUAACAGAUAUCAACUUAGACACAGUAGACGACCUCAAAGACAGCUUUAUUACAGGUACUUGUAUUGCAGUACACAUCACAAAAAGAAAAGCUUGUCUUGUGUGUAACAACACAAUUGAUGAAUCUCAACAUGAUAAAGCUCAACGUGAAGAUCAGGAGGAUGAAGACGAUGACGACAUGUUUACAUGCAACCACUGUAAAAACACAUUAUUAACAUCAAAUCAAAAAAUUAAGUUUGUCUGCAAUUUAACAAUCAAAAAUGAUCAAAACAAGAUAUCCAAUUACACAUUUUUCAAUGAUGCCCUGAAGAGUUUCCUUCAAAUAAUUGGUAAUGACAAACCGCUAAAUGAAUAUACAGAAAAGAGCCUUGAAAGGCUUUUCCUCAAACAAGGAAAUCAAUUAACCUUUAUAGCUGAAGACUCACAAAAAAUAAUUGAUCAGUUUCUUCUGUAAUCACCACAAUUUUUGAUUUUUCAAUGAAAGCAGUGAGAUAAUGCUAAAACUGCCUUGGUAAAACAUAGUUUGGAUGCUAUUACUAGUAAUCCACAAUCUUACAUUUUUGUUAAAGCUGAUAUGACAAUAUUCAAAGUUGUUAUGCAAUGUUAUAGUUCAAUUUACUAAGUUGUUACAGUUCAAUUUACUAAGUUAUAGUUCAUUAAAAGUUUAUAUAAUUAA